AGAAGCACACACUCCAUACAGCAUCUUGCCUGGAUCCUCGCUUUAAAGCUCUCCCAUUCCUUUCAGAGGAUGAAAAAGUGGAGACAUACAGCAGAGUGACUACAGAGGCUGCAUCAUCCCUCGAGUUGAUGAGGCAAGAGGCUGAAGUCCCUGAGGGGGAAGGUGAUGACAUGGCUGAGGGGCAUGAUGACGGUGAGGAGGAUGAUGCAGUUCAGAAGGUUUGCGACGAAGCCCUGAAGCUGGAUGAAGAAGAUGGCCCUUCCACGCCCUCUACCUCAAGACCAUCUUCUCUGACUGCACUGCUGGGCCAAACAUUUAAUGUCGCUGUCACCACAGCAGAGCCCAAGUCGGCACACACCAGGGCUGAGGAAGAGGUUCGCAUGUAUCUGGGGGCCCCUUCACUUCCUCUCACCGAUGACCCCCUUGAGUGGUGGCGCACCAACCAUCAUGUGUAUCCUCUCCUAGCUAAACUGGCCAAACGAUAUUUAUGUAUCCCAGGUACGAGUGUUGCUGCAGAGAGAGUGUUCUCCACUGCGGGAGACAUCGUGUCAGCACAACGGAGCACACUCACGCCACAACAUGUGGACCAGCUGGUCUUCCUCAUUCAUAGCUCUGGAAUGACCAGAUUCUUAAGGUUGAACAUCAAAUAUGGAGGAAUUUAUAAAGACAUCUGUAUACAAAGAGGAGAGAUUUAA